AUGUUGCCGUCUCUUGCACCUCCAACACUCUCAGAAGCAACAACAGAAGGAGUUGGUUCAACCAGAGAAGAUUCUUUCGCACACACAGCGCACGCAAGCGCCCCGGUGGCAAGCGAUAUGGCCUCGCUGCCUGCCGUCGCCUCUGCCCCGGCGCGACGGCCGACUACUAAAGUUCCAAACUCCGUAGCGCUUGCGAAAAGCGAAAGUGCUCGCCGAACGCCCGCAGCUUUCUCCGUCCACCGUGAGUCGAAAGCCGUGGGAGGACGGGAAUUCCACGGGGCAGACAUCAAGUGUCUAGAGACAGCGUUAAGGGGGGAGUGUGUGUCGUGCAAGCAACUGCAAGCAGACGCAGAUGAUUUGUCUGUGGUGGAAAGCCCCACGGCCGCUGCUGAUCCUUCGGCAACUGCGGAGAGCUGUGAACCAGCUUCCGACGGCAUUCCGUAUCCCGUUAUUGUUCGCGAUUCGUUCUCUUACUGGGUGAUCUACAAACCGCCAUUCUGGAGUUGCAAGGACGGGCUUGAGAGGCAAGGAGAUAGCUUGGGAACCGAAAAUGCAGAGGACGCAACCACGCCGACGGUCGGCUCUGUCAUAGGGUACCUGCAGAAGCAUUUUCCUGUGACUCAAGCCAGCGCGAUCUAUAAUUGCCAGAUCAACAACGGUCUUGUCUAUCCGCUUGAAACUGAGUGGUCUGGAUUUAUCGUAGUGGCUAAGACGUUUAAUGGAUAUGUUGAACUUCAGAAGCAGCUGCAGGGCGGUGAAAUGUCUGGGGCAUUCCACUGUGUCAUAAGGGGAACACAUCGAAAACUGGAUCGCAUCACGGAAAUACCACUGCUGCGCGGCUAUCCUGGAACGCCUUGCCUUUCCGUCACACGCACAGAUCUUAUUGGCUCACUGACAGUAACUUCUCCUCCUGCCCCAGACUCGGCGCUUCGUCUGCCGCACGAGGAAUCAAGCCAUUUCUUAGAAGUGCCGGAUGACCAACUUCAAUAUCAGACUCCCGAUACGGAAGUCUGGUUCUACGUUUCGCUGGAGUGUCAGUUACUUCCAGGAAGUGAUGCAGACAGUGUGCCAGAAAAACUGACGCCAGCUUUCUGGUCCUGCGAGGACGAGUACACUGCGCGGGCAUUAUCUCAAAAGGAAAGCUGCCGGCCUUGCCGGCGAGUUUUCUGCCAUGGGACUGCGCUCAGCUUCCGCGAUAUUGAUGGGGGGAAACAGCCCAUACACUAUGCAACUCGGCGUCGAUGGCACAACGCAGCCGAAGAGUCUCACUUGCCUCUCGCCAAGUUCGAGUGCGCCCUCCCAGUGGAGCUCGAAGAAGUCCUUGCCGAGUUUCAGAAGGGCAACUACUCGAGAGCAGCUGCAAUGAGAGACCCGAGAGAGAGUCAGCUCAGCACGAAGGAAACAGAAACAGCACACAAACUGAGGCUCUUCGUCGGAUCGCUCGGCAUCGUCACUGUCGGCGCGCUCCUCUGUUGGCCGUGGGUAGCCUCCAACUCCAGGCUCGCAUCGCUUUCUUCGCCGCUUUCCUCGCUUCCCGCGAGACUCUCUCAGGCUGCGCGGAAUGGUGUGUCGAGCUUGCUUGCGAUGAAGAACGUCCUACUCUGUACCUCGCUCUUUGGGCAUGGCGCCUUGAGCGGGAGCCUCCCGGAGCUACAAAUGCGGCUCGUGCGCCUUCUGCCGGAUGCUUCUACUGAUUCCCCUCCUGCUUGA